ACAUGUCAGCCCAACAUGCCGGUUGCGUCGAUUCAAUGUUCGCUAGUCGAGUCCAAGUCCAAAGCCUUGGCCAAAACGGAAAAAGAAGAAGAAAUAAUGAAGAAAUAACGACAACCUGGCUCUUAUGGCUGCGCUUCGAUUUAUUAUCAUCUCACCACAGUCGUCAUGACGUCUCUCGAAUAUCAUCGUAUUCCGCAACCCGAACCGAGUAUCGACACUCACACUCACGCUCACACUCACACAACACCGCAGCAGCCUACCGCGACGCUCAGCAUAUCCAAAGUUCAAAACAGUAAUGCAGAGCGGCAGCCGGAGUCCGAACAGCAUGACGAGGUGUGUGAUUUGGCCGGGCGUCCGAUGCAACAACGCAACGACAACGGCGACAACGGCACCGGGUCGGCCGCCCACCAAUUCCAAGGCCUAGCUGCGACGAGAAGACCACGAAAGGCGUCCUAUUUCAGAGUCCUCGUCCCAUGGGCAACAAGUGCCGCCUUCGUCGUUGCCGUGUACGCCGUCCUGAUUGGCUACUCGAGCAAGUCGGUCGUGACCAAGACCCAGAAGCGGCAGUUCAACGCCAUCAUCACCGGAUUGCUCAUUGCACUGGGCCUCUCCACUGCGAGCCUUCUCACAGACAUGGCCACGGACUUGAGAUGGUGGAUUCUCAGUCGUCGAUAUAGAUCGCGGCGGAAGGUCGAGAGCAUUCUACAUGCUCAUAGCGUGAGACGGGUGAUCAUGCUGUCGGCUCGGUCCAGCCGCGCUUCUAUACACGUCGCUGUCGCCUCUUGGAUUCUCCUCCUCAUUGCCUCCCAAAUCGGCUUCGCUUCCGUCAACCUAUGCUAUGCGUUCGAGCCCUCCGAGUCCGUGGCAUUGCUCUCUCCCGGCAACGUUUCCAUCGCGAACGUCUCGGACAUUGAGACCGCCAAGAUUGUCAAGUCUUCUACCUCGCGAAGAGCACAACAAUAUACCGCGCAUAGCUUCGGGACCAUGUCCCUCGCGUAUGACACCGCCGUGUUCCCCGAUGCGAAGAUGCCCACGCCCGGCGAGCUGUGGUACACGGACGACCCUCUCAUGUUCUGUGAUUCGGAUUCCGACUCCUGCCAGUACGUCUUCCACGAGACGAACCCCGAAAGCCUGAACAACCCCGAUGCGCUACCCAUCACCGUUUCCACGAAUCGCGUCAUCCAUGCCACGACAGAGUGUACGAGCUGGCCCGUCGUAUCCGGCGGAGGCGGCACAGAAGCCAACAUCACCAUUCUCCUCCCGCAAGACCAGGCUCGGAUCAUUCCCCUCCCGGCACAGGCGGGACCCGACCAGACGACCUUCAUCACCGACACCGGCGCGGACUGCGGGCGUGGGUGCGGCACCGUCACCGCCUUCGAGGCAUCCGACACAUACCCGUGGUUUUACAGCUGCAACACGACCAUCGGCACCGUCGAGAACGCGGAACGCGAGGAGCACCACGUGGGAGAGAACCUUGGGCGCAUGGCCACCGUCGCCAUCGCGCUGCAGGGCUACCCGAACAACCUGACCACCACGGAGUCGCCCGGCGUCCAAUCCGUCAUAUUCCCCGCGCAGUCGAUCUUCGGGAUGCCCCUGGGCGGCGCUGCGUCGAGCAUGGCCUUCCUGCUGUCCCGGUUCGCCAUCGGGGUGGUGGCCAUGGCGGCGGAGAGCAACGACAUGGUCGUCGUGCCGGGGGACGUACCGACGGUAGGGCUGGAGCUGCACGUCGAGCACUGGAACUAUAUCCACGUCAUCCUGUUCCUCGCUCUGGGCUUGCAGCUGCUUCUGGGCUUCGGGGCCGCGUGGGUCGCCAAUACGGUGGUCAUCCCGGGAGGGGGGCCUGUUGCCGAGGCGCAGGUCAUCCGGGCCAUGGUGGCGCGGCCUUCUUCGCUAAAUGGGAGACGUGAUGGCGCCGGGGGUAAAGGCAGUAGCGGCAAGUCGGUUUGGAUAUAUCGCGACGUACAUGUCGGAAAUGGCGUGCAUGAUCUUUACAUGAAGGAGAGGGUGGUUUCGGCCGAGCGAUGUCGGCCAGGGCAGGCUGUGGAAGUCCAGGAGAAACGAGAAGCUCGCUCGGAGGGUCACCGCCCCGAGUCGAACAAUGCAAGUAUGUCACCGGAGCUAAAAUCCAAACUCUCGAGGGAAAUCAUGCGCGUGAUGCUAUGGACAAACUUGCCUGCCUCCUAA